AUGACCAAGCCAGCCUCACUCCGGCUGACCACCUCGCCGACCCUUUUGGCUUUUCGGUCGGAUGUGAUGACGCCCCGGCGGACGAUGCUUCUUCUGCCGAUGAUGAUCCUGCCGAUGAUGACGUGGGUAGAGACCCAGUGCAUAACUAGGACACGGCCGACCCUGACAGGGCCGGACCCGCUCCAGCUGACCACCUUGCCGACCCUGUUGGCGUUUUGGUCGGAUCUGAUGACGCUUCGGCGGACGAUGCCUCUUCUGCUGACUCUGACGUGGAUUGUGACCAAGUGCAUGACGUGGACACGACCGAGCUUUGCACAACGUGGUCGGGAGCUUGACCAAUUGAAAACGGAGCGCGCUAUAAGCUACCAAGAGCUUCAAUGUUUGCGCUCGUAUCAUGCUGCUCAUGUCGAGGAACUAGCACUGUUGCGAGCUGAACGGGAUCUGCUUUCUCGCGACCGCCAGGCCCAGCUCGACCAUCUGGUCAACUUCGUUAUGGGGCUUCUGCCGUCGGUGGGGCUCGCCUAUGAUAAGCGGCGGCGAGAGCAGUCAGCGGCCGAUCCUGUCGUGCUCAGCUGA